AUGGCUGAGCUGCCCGAUCCCACCAUCGACCUCGACUGGAGCGGCUAUGUCGGUGCAAUCCACGAGAUCUUUCACAAGAACGCCCUGGCCCACCCCGACAGGCCUUGUGUGACCGAGACUGAGAGUUCAACGUCGCCAACCAGGACAUUCACCUACCGGCAGAUCGACGAGGCGUCCACCACCAUUGCCAACUACCUACACGAUGCUGGCAUCACCAAUGGAGAUGUUGUCAUGAUAUUUGCCCACCGCUCCGUCGAGCUGGUCUGCGCCUUUAUGGGAACUCUGGCUUCUGGAGCCACAGUAACAGUUCUUGACCCCCUCUACCCGCCGCAAAGGCAGCAAAUCUAUCUGGAAGUCUCCCAGCCCAAGGCCCUGAUUUCCAUCGGCAAGACCACUGACGAGAAUGGUCCCCUUGCUCCCUUGGUACAGAAGUUUAUUGACGAGGACCUGGGCAUCAAAGUACGGAUUCCAGAUCUCCGCCUCAGCGAUGCUGGCCUGCUGUCUGGUGGCGACAAGGAGGGCGUGGAUAUCUUUGACAGCUUGCGAAGCAAGGCUUCGUCACCUCCCGAUGUUAUUGUUGGUCCAGACUCAUAUCCUACGCUUUCCUUCACCUCGGGAAGUGAGGGACGACCAAAGGGGGUGCUGGGUCGUCAUUACGGUCUGACCAGAUACUUCCCCUGGAUGGCCAAGCGUUUCAACCUCUCAUCCGAGAGCCUCUUCGCUUGUCUCUCCGGUAUCGCCCAUGACCCCAUUCAACGAGACAUCAUGACACCCCUGUUCCUCGGCGCUCAGUUGCUCAUCCCGGCCAAGGAGGACAUCCAGCAUGAGAAACUGAGCGAAUGGAUGAGACGUUGGUCACCGACUACGACUCACCUCACUCCUGCGAUGGGUCAGAUCCUUGUCGGUGGUGCAACCGCCAAAUUCCCCGCCCUGAAGCAGGUCUUCUUCGUCGGCGAUGUCCUCACUACACGCGACUGCAAGGCACUUCGCCAACUGGGUCCUUCAUGCUCCAUCAUCAACAUGUUAGGCACUACCGAGACAAGCCGCGCGGUGUCGUAUUUCGAGAUUCCUUCCGCCACAGAAGACCCGGAAGCCCUCGACUCGCUUGGUGAUACCAUCCCUGCAGGUUGGGGGAUGCAAGAUGUUCAAAUCCUCGUCAUUUCUCGGGAAGACAACACCAAGAUUUGCCCCGUUGGCGAACUGGGCGAGAUAUAUUUCAGAGCGGCUGGUUUGGCUGAGGGUUACCUCGGCGAUCCCCAGAAGACGGCUGAGAAGUUCGUCGACAACUGGCUGGUUGACAAUGCCAAGUGGGUGGAAGCUGACAAGGCUAACGACAAGGGCGAGCCAUGGCGCCGCUACUACAAGGGACCCCGUGAUAGGCUAUACCGAACAGGAGACCUUGGCCAGUAUCUCCCUUCGGGAGCUGUCCGUGUCUCUGGUCGUAUCGACUCUCAGGUUAAGAUUCGCGGUUUCCGGAUCGAGCUCAACGAAAUCGAUGCCAACCUGGGCGGCAGCCCCUUGGUCCGAGACGUCAAAACUCUCGUGCGAAGAGAUCGCAACGAGGAACCCACGCUUGUGAGCUAUGUAGUUCCCGAGAUCUCCGAGUGGAAGCGCUGGCUGGAGGCCCAGAACCACGAGGAUAUCGAAGACGAGGGUGUGGAGAUGGGGCCUACCGUGGUCUACCUCAAGAGGUUCCGUCGUAUGCAAGCCGAGGUGCGAGACCAUCUCAAGUCUCGUCUACCCGCCCACUCAGUGCCCUCCAUCUACAUCAUGCUGCAGAAGCUUCCCCUUAACCCGAACGGCAAGGUAGACUUCCCGAACCUACCCUUCCCCGAUGCUGCCGCGAGAACAGAGGACGCCUCGGAAGAGGAUCUGAAGAGCUGGGAGGCCCUAUCUGAGACGGAGAAGACCCUUGCCACGCAGUGGUCAACACUAAUCCCUGGCCUCAACGCCAAGACUAUCAGGCCUGAAUCAAACUUCUUCGACUGUGGUGGACACAGUCUCCUGGCUCAGCAGCUCCUCCUCAACAUUCGCAAGAGUUUGGGUGCUGACAUCACCAUCGGCGUCCUCUACGCGAACCCCAGCCUCAGAGGUCUGGGAUCCCAGGUGGACCGUCUACGCAGUGGUCAGGCUGCUACAGUUGACAAGGCUGUCGACACCGUCUACUCCGAGUCGUUUGACGAGCUGAUCAACACGCUCGACGAUAAGUACCAGAGCGCGGAUCCGGAUGCUCUAAGCCCAUCGAGUGGCGCCACAUUCUUCCUCACUGGUGCUACAGGUUUCUUGGGCGCCUACCUUGUCAAGGAGAUCCUGGGCAGAGAGAACACCAAGCUCAUCGCGCACAUUCGUGGAGCCAAGGGACUUGACUUUGCCAAGGAUCGUCUGACGAGGUCACUCAAGGGCUAUGGUUUGUGGCAGGACUCGUGGGCCGAGAGGAUUGAGUGCGUCCUUGGUGACCUUUCAAAGCCUCGUCUUGGGCUUGACGAUGCCAGCUGGAAGCAUGUCACCGAGACAGCGGAUGCCGUGGUCCAUAACGCGGCAUAUGUUCAUUGGAUUGCUCGAUACGAGCAGAUGAUGCGCCCCAACGUCCUGUCUACUAUUGACGCGAUGAAGCUUUGUAACGAGGGAAAGCCCAAGCUAUUCUCUUUCGUGUCGUCGACUUCGACCUUGGACACUGAUCACUACGUCAAGCUGUCUCACGAGCAAACCGCGACUGGACGCGGAGCGGUGCUUGAAGCCGACGACAUGCAGGGCAGCCGCGUUGGCCUUGGUACUGGUUAUGGCCAAACCAAAUGGGUGUCUGAGCAGCUCGUCCGGGAAGCUGGCAAGCGUGGGCUCCGGGGUGCUGUUGUCCGUCCCGGAUACAUUCUCGGCAGCCGUGAAAACGGCGUCUCAAACACCGAUGAUUUCCUGAUCAGACUCUGCAAGGGUUGUGUCCAAUUGGGCGCAAGACCGUUGAUCAUCAACUCGGUGAACGCUGUUCCCGUGGACCACGUUGCCAGAGUUGUAAUUGCCUCGGCCCUUAACCCCCUACCCGGCGUCAACGUGGUCCACGUCACGGCUCACCCAAGACUUCGUAUGAACGAGUUCCUCUCGGCAUUGGAGUACUAUGGCUACAAGGUCCCUGAGGUGGACUAUGAGGAGUGGAAGACGCAGCUGGAGGAGUUUGUGUCUGCCGGUUCCACCGAGAAGGAUCAGGAGCAGAGCGCCCUCAUGCCGCUAUUCCACAUGGCAACCUCGAACCUGCCGUCGACUACCCGCGCCCCUGAGCUUGAUGACAGAAAUGCUGUAGCCGUGCUCAAGGCCGAUGCCGACCGCUGGACUGGCGUCGAUGAUAGUGCGGGCGAGGGUAUCACCCGUGAGGACAUUGGAAGGUAUCUGCGCUUCCUAGCCGAGAUCAAGUUUAUGCCUUUGCCAACCGGAAGGGGACGCGAGCUGCCUCCCAUCGCGGCCGACAUUGCGCAGGCUCAGGCACAAUGGGGAGUUGGAGGUCGCGGUGGCGCGGCUUAG